AGAGUGGGCGGGAUUAUGGCUGGGGAUAUUCCACUGCAUAGUUUCUCGUUCCUCCCAGUUCGAUCGGCAACGGGAGAGAGGAAAGUUGAGAGCCCGAAGGCAGCAGCCCCCACCACCGCCGGCCCAGGUUACCAUCUAGCACCGGGAAAUACACUAGAGAGCCACCGCCGGCAUUACCAACCAGAAACCAUGAGCAGCGAGGCCGAGACACAACAACCGCCGGAGCCUGCUGUGGAUGCGGAGCGCCCAUCCAGCCCGCCAGCUACAGCUUCCGCGGGGGAUAAGAAGGUCAUCGCAACUAAGGUCUUGGGUACAGUCAAGUGGUUCAACGUCAGAAAUGGCUACGGUUUCAUCAACAGGAAUGACACAAAAGAAGAUGUCUUUGUCCACCAGACUGCCAUAAAGAAAAACAACCCAAAGAAAUACCUACGCAGUGUUGGAGAUGGAGAAACUGUGGAGUUUGAUGUGGUUGAGGGGGAGAAGGGAGCAGAAGCAGCUAAUGUGACCGGUCCAGCGGGUGUCCCAGUCCAGGGGAGCAAGUAUGCAGCUGACCGGAACCGCUACAGGCGGUACCCCCGCAGGAGGGGCCCGGCCCGUGACGGCGAAUACCCAGACAACUACCAGAGUGACGGCGAGGGUGAAGGAGAGCGCCCCCCCCGCAAGAGCCGCGAGUGUGCUGAGAGUGCCCCAGAGGGAGAGAUGCAGCCCCAGCAGCGCAGGCCCCCCUUCCCCGGGAGACGGCGCUACCCCCCAUACUUUGUACGUAGACGCUACGGCCGUCGGCCCCCGUACACCAACGCACCUCGCGGAGAGAUGACUGAGGGUGGCGAAGGUGACGAGAACCAGGGAGGUCCAGACCAGGGCAACAAACCAAUGAGACAGAACUACUACAGAGGCUUCCGACCAAGCAGGGGUGGCGGUCCACCCCGUCCCAGACCGGUGCGGGACGGCGAUGGGGAAAACAAGGAGAACCAGGAUGGUGACGGUGAGAACCAGGAGCCCCGCCAGCGCCGCUACCGCCGAAACUUCAACUACCGCCGCAGACGCCCCCAGACUGGCGGCAAGCCCCAGGAUGGCAAGGAGGCCAAGACCGACGGCGAACCAUCUACAGAGAAAACGCCCGCUCCCGCGGCUGAGCAGGGCGGGGCUGAGUAGAAACUACCGGCAUACCAUCUCUACCAUCGUCCGGUAAUGUCAUCAAGAAGAAACAAAGAUCUGAGCAAUAAGAAACAGAUUUGACUUGACGAUCGUCUUAAGCUUGCACCAUGCAUUUGACCAGAUGACCACCGAUUGCCUGCAGAAUCUAUGCAGACCUGUUUUGUUCCAUUAUUUUUACGUGACAGCUAUAAAAAAAAAAAAGUUUUGGAGAAACAGCAGACGUUUUUCUAAAUCGGUCCUAAGUUUUUACACCAAAUGGUUUUUAAAAUAAGUAAUUUGAUAUCUGGUCAGUUUGACAUUUUUAGAUAACUUUUUAUGUAUUCAAACAUGAAUUUUAACAAAACGCAAGCUCAAAUAAAAGUCAAAGGAGAACUGUCGCCUCAACUGUUUGUUUUGCCUGAAUAAAUGGGACCGCCAUGGUAUUGACAUAACAUGGCGGCUGUAUUACA